AUGGCCGAGCAAUCGAAAGUGCGGGCGACCCUUGCCCUGCUGAAGAAUCUUGUACUAGCAGCGCUGCUGUACGCGACUAUCUAUGGAAUCAUAAACAUAGUAAGCGACCCCAGCGUCGCGACUAAGGGGAAACUGGGCAUUCCCGCCUUUCUGGACAAAGCCGGUCCAACGGAGCUGAUCAAGACCACCAAGGCCGGCGUCCAGGUCAAGUUCGCCGGCACCACCAAGACUGUCACCAUCAACCCGCACGCCAAUGUCUUCAACCGGCCCGUCACUGCUGUCGAGAUCAAGGACGACUACAUGGGCCCCCGCCCCCACGUCGACACCGAGGCCGAUCUGCAUAUGUUGGUUGAGGAGUGUAGGGGCACAUACGCUGGUAUCGAGAAGAUGAGGAACGUCUUUGACUGCCUGAAGUUCUUCGCCGACGAUGAGUCGCGUUACUACAAGCUGCCCGAGGAGCCUGCCCGCGCGAGUGCCCAGGAUCCCCGCAAGGCCGAGUACGUCGACGCAGACGGCCACGGCAACACACUCAAGAGCUACCUGCCCGUCAAAGAGGCAAUCGCCGCGAACGGCUCGAGCAUCGGCACCUGCCCAGGCCCCAUCAUCCCAUACCACGUUUAUUGGACUGGCCCUGCAACCUGGCGAGUCGAGGUCUUCAUCAAGAGCUAUCUGUACACCCAGAACCUGGCAUGCUCCCGCCUGUGGCUGUGGCUGGACAGCGACAAGAACCCCAACGCCGUCCAGAACAUGAUGACUAGGGAUGCCCUCUUCGCUCGCUUUCUGCCUCUGGUCGAGCGCGGCGACAUCGUUCUCAAGGCCUGGAACUUCCCCAAGCGCAUUCCGCUGCCCAAGGACGAGGAGGACAAGAAUGGCUUCGGAUACUACAGCACUCCUGGCCGGCCCAAUGCAGAAGGCGAGAAGGUCUUGGCCGAGAACAUCAUUGAAGACAAGACAGGCCAGCAGUGGCUGGUCCUCACACCAAAACAGAUGACAUUCCUGCCCGUCGCUGUCUCAGAUGCGGUCAGAUUCAUUGUCUUGCACAUCCACGGCGGCGCAUACUUCGACAUGGAUGUUUUGAUGCUCAGGGACAUGCGGCCGCUGCUCUUGCCCAAGGAGCAUGCCUUUGCCGAGCGAUGGGCUGCGCACCCGCACCCCGGCGACUACAACACGGCCAUCAUGUCUCUCACAGCCAACUCGUCGCUGUCAUCCUACCUCCUCUACGGCGGCAUCCGUAUGGGCGUCAACUUCCACCCCCGAGUUCUCGGCCGCAUGGCCUGGAAGGACGGCCGUGACCAGGAGUUUCUAAUGCUCGAGACCGGCGCCUUCGACCCCAUCUGGACAGAAUUCAACUGGGAUCGCGAAGGCCGCUGCACUGUCCCCUGUCUCCGCGACUACGGCGCAGCGUUCAAGGGUAAGAAGGGCUCGCUCAGAGACGAGUGGGAGAGCUACGACGGCCCCCAGCUCAAGCACAUCGACCUCACCAAAGCGGCACGCAAGGACCUCAAGGCACGUGCCCGCGAAGACGAAGAGCACGUCCCUGCAUCCGCCGCCGCAACACCAGCGAAGGGCGAGCACGCAGACUCCUUCCAAGCCACGCUCGACGAAGAAGCCGCCCUGCGCAACGCUGGCGUCGUUGCAGCAUACAACUUCGACGAAGACAAAUUUCCCCCCAACAACCGCACGCUCGAGAACUUCUUCCGUGGCGCCUGGACCUACCACAUCCACAACCAGUGGCUAAAGCACCCUGAGCCCUCCUCCUGGAUCUCCAUCCUCGAGCACGCCCAAGACGGCUUCUUCGCCCGCACCCGCUCAAACCCUUACGCCGAGCACUGGACCGGUCCCAAUCUCGCGCCCUACAACUACUGGCCCGAGUUCGUCUGA